GUACAUGGCUACAUGCUUAUACCGUGCCUUGUAAUCUACCCUGCCUUGUAAUCUUACCAUCUCGUUGGCGUCGCUCUGGAUUACCCUGCUACCAUCCCUGAUCUCUCUCUCUCUCUCUGCACCAGCAGCAGUCGCUGUAGCAUAAUCCAUCUCCAAUUUGCGCCGUUUGGCCAUCUUUUACUGGCUACUUGCUUUUUAACCUUCCUACGGCUUUCUCCUCUGAAAGCAAAAGACACCAACUUUCAGCUGCCUACACAACGCUCCAAGUUUUCCAUCUUGUCCUUACAGUAAAACCCCACGCUCUUUCUCACAUGCUAACAGAGUGAGGAGGCCACUCUGUUCUUCACUUUCUUCUCCACCGACUUCCUAGUCUGCGUUCGUUCUUCUCUCAUGCUUGUGAAAUGGAAAAAAAAGGAGGUUUUGUGGGGCAUAUGAAGUAAAGUUGGUAGAUUGAGGGGUUCUGCUUCCAAAAUCACACCAAUGGGGUGUAGAAAGAAGUUAGUUGGCUGUGGAGUGCACUUACUCUUGGUUCUUUGUUUGGGGUUUGGUUUGGUUGUUCUAAGUCACGAUGAGUCGUCUAUGGUGUAUAUUGUUACAUUAAAGAAAGCACCGACUCUUCAUUAUUUGUCUGACCUUAGGAGUAACCGCGAUUUUGAUCAUGUGGAGGCAGAAAGAUGGAGCAGACUACGGAACAAAGGGUCUGGUGCACAUUAUGGUUCUUACCAAAUUCAGUUUCAUGAAACUCUCUUGAGGAGGACCUUUAACGGGGAGGCCUAUCAGAAACUCUAUAGUUACCAUUACUUGAUCAAUGGUUUUGCAGUUCUUCUAUCUCCACAGCAGGCAGAAAAGCUUGCAAAUAAAAAAGAAGUUGCAAAGGUGGUGCCCGAUUUCUCCGUCAGAACUGCAACUACGCACACUCCUGCAUUUCUCGGCUUACCUGCUGGAGCUUGGGUUGUUGAAGGUGGGCCAGAUGUUGCGGGGAAGGGAGUCGUGAUUGGAUUUAUAGACACAGGGAUUGAUCCCACACACCCAAGCUUUGCUGAUGACAGUUCCAGUAAACUGUAUCCAGUUCCAUCACAUUUUUCAGGCAUUUGUGAGGUUACCAAGGAUUUCCCAUCUGGCUCUUGCAACCGAAAACUCAUUGGAGCUCGUCAUUUUGCUGCUUCUGCUAUUAGUAGGGGGAUUUUUAAUGCUACUCAAAAUCAUGCUUCACCUUUUGAUGGAGAUGGUCAUGGAACUCAUACAGCCUCCAUUGCAGCAGGGAACCAUGGAAUUCCUGUAAUUGUAGCAAGCAAUCAUUUCGGGGAUGCAAGUGGAAUGGCACCUCAUGCACAGAUUGCAGUAUACAAGGCUCUUUUCAAAAGCUUUGGUGGAUUUGCAGCAGAUGUGGUUGCUGCGAUAGAUCAGGCUGCUCAAGAUGGAGUAGAUAUAAUAAGCUUAUCAAUAACUCCAAACCGACGUCCUCCUGGGAUAGCAACUUUUUUCAAUCCGAUUGAUAUGGCGCUGCUCUCAGCUGUAAAGGGUGGCAUUUUUGUUGUCCAGGCAGCUGGAAAUACUGGACCCUCAUUCAAGAGCAUUUCAUCCUUCAGUCCAUGGAUCUUCACUGUAGGUGCUGCAGCUCAUGAUAGAACCUAUUCCAAUUCAGUUGUGCUUGGCAAUAGGGUGACCAUCCCAGGACUUGGUCUUGCACCGGGGACAGGCAAAGAUGCAAUGUUCACUCUGAUAUCAGCAAUUCAUGCGGUGAAUGAAACUGUAGAUUCAAAAGAUUUGUAUUUGGGUGAAUGCCAAGACCCCAACCAGCUGAAGAAGGAGUUGGUUGAAGGGAACAUUUUGAUUUGCAGUUAUUCGAUCCGCUUUGUGUUAGGCCUCUCCUCCAUUAAGCGGGCCUUGAACACAGCCAAGAAUCUCAAUGCAGCAGGGGUCAUUUUCUUGGUGGAUCCUUUUGUUACUGGGUAUCAAAUAAACCCAACCCCAAUGAAAAUGCCAGGAUUGAUAAUUUCUUCUCCAGAUGACUCAAAGACUUUUAUCCAAUAUUACAACAAUUCGUUGGUGAGAAAUGCAUCAUCCAACAGGAUCGUGAAAUUUGCAGGUGUUGCUAGAAUUUCUGGGGGUUUGGAACCAUCUUAUAACAACUCGGCACCAAAGGUUUUGUAUUAUUCAGCAAGAGGACCAGACCCAGAAAAUGCAUUUUUCGAUAAUGCAGAUUUUAUGAAACCUAAUUUAGUGGCUCCUGGUAGUUAUAUCUGGGCUGCAUGGAGUUCUGGAGGAACAGAUUCCAGAGAAUUUGAGGGUGAAAGGUUUGCAAUGAUCUCUGGUACAAGCAUGGCAGCACCUCACAUUGCAGGACUUGCUGCCCUCAUCAUGCAGAAGUUCCCCAGAUUUAGUCCUUCAGCUAUCGCGUCUGCACUCUCUACUACUGCCUCCCUAUUUGACAAACAAGGAGGCCCAAUAAUGGCACAACGGGCAUACAGCGAUCCAGAUUCAAGCCAGUCUCCAGCUACACCCUUUGAUAUGGGAAGUGGUUUUGUCAAUGUGACUGCUGCCUUGGACCCUGGUCUGAUCUUUGAUGCGAGUUACGAGGAUUUUUUCUCAUUCCUCUGUGGUAUUAAUGGAUCUGGCCCACUUUUGCUUAAUUACACAGGCAAGGCUUGUGGUCACAACACCCUCGCUGCAACAGACCUCAAUUUACCUUCUAUUACAGUUGCCAAACUAAACCGGUCUACAGCUGUUCAUAGAAUAUUGACAAACGUCGCUGGUGAUGAAACGUACAGGGUGAGUUGGAGUGCCCCUCUUGGAGUAUCGGUCACUAUUACUCCAACCCAAUUUUUCAUAGCAAGUGGGCAGAGACAAAUUCUGACAGUUCUUAUGAAUGCUACCAUCAACAACUCCACUGCAAGCUUUGGAAGGAUCGUGAUCCGCGGAAGUCGUGGGCAUAUAUUAAACAUCCCCAUUUCUGUGAUUUCUAAAAGCUGUGCUUAGUAGCACUCUUUGCGUGAAUAUAGCUGUAGUUUUUUCUCAUCUCCCUGAUGUGUAUUUUUCUCUGUUUGUCUGCUUUUUUUCUUCUGUCUUAGAAAUUUCUUUCGUCAGUUCUAUUGUAAAGAAUGACUCAUAAGUUUCUAACUGUAGAUGAUUUAUUUGUUGAUAA